UUUUUUUAUUAACACGGUGUUUCCCCAUUUCUAGUAAAUAGUUCAUUUAUAACAUACAACGCAAACGCAUUACGUAACCCACAUAUAUGUACAUAAGUAAAUUGUUGAUUAAAUCAAUGAUAUCUGGUUACUGCAAUUAAAUUAAGAGCUACGAAAAUGCCUCAGCCUAAGAUGAAAACUAUCAGAGAAGCGCAACAGGAGCUUGCUUUGAGUCUUGGUUUUCGUGACCAAAUCAUUUGGGAUUUCUAUUCAGCCCGCCAAAGUAACGUUUUAGAGAAAAAAAUCAAAGCACUUCUGCCAGAUCAAACAAAGAAUCAACGGGCAAUUAAAAAAAUGCGUGAAAAUCUGUUUACAAACGUUUGGAAACAAAGAAAGUACGAUAACGGUACUUUAUAUUCUUACAUAUUUUAUGUGGCUGUUACAAACGACAAAGAGCCAGAGAAAGCAACAAAGUUUUCUAUUCAUCCCGUAUUUCGAAUACGAAAAUGUGUUGCGGGAGGUGAUAGCGAAGGUUGUUGUAUGAUUUACGUUGAUGAAACUGGGCGUGUUUAUCAAAACUGGGAAUCUUAUAUUAAUGAGAAUAUUUUACCACCUGGGUUGAUGGUCGUACCAAAUUGUGGUGUAUACAACCUUGAAAAUGAUCAGGUUGUAUUAGCAAGCUAUACCACUCCAAAUGGGAAACCUGGAGCUGUAUUAUUGGAAAAAGCUCAAAAAAGCGCAUCCCUCGCGGGCAUGGGGGCUGCGUUUGUACCUUUAGCAGCUAUGGCUUUCCCAGCAGUAGCACCGGUCGUCGCUGGAGCGGCUUGUGUCAGUGUUGCGACAGGGAUAAUGUCAGGCGUUUUAUCUGCUAAAAAUUUAGUCGAUCGAAGUAAUCAUGAACAAUCUAUACAAAUAACAGAUCGGGACGCUUGUGGUAGCUGGCUUGGUGUUGCGUCCGGAGUAGUUGGGCCAACAUCAUUGGGAGCUACAAAAUAUAUGACAAGAAUGGCAACAGCUGGCAAAGCCACAACUGGCCUUGAAAUAAUCAUUAAUGGUAUGAAUGUUACGUCAAUGGUGCUAUCAGGAAGUGGUCUGGGAAUGGGUAUACUAGAUUUAAUUUUCAAAUACAAGGAUGGUGAUGAUGUCACAAAUUUGGAUGUCGUUCAAUUGGCAGCGUCUUUGGUGCUAUUUACACAUUCUGUUUAUAAUUUGCAAAUGGCUUCUAACAUCGCGGACAACGCUCGUAACGGCCACAUUGAAAAGUACCGAGAAUCGCUUAGUCGUCGUCAAAGGAAAGAGUUUCAUAAAUUAUCUAAGGAAACCACCCGAAUACGCCCUGGCAGUCAAGGCAAAAUUGACAUUGUACGCAAUAUUAAUGAACUACCCGACCGGCAGUAUCUCAAUGACCUGUAUAAAAUUAACAAGCAAUUAAAUCAAAAUAAGGUACGACCAGCAUAUGCAUCGAAAGGCCAAGGUAUAGUAUUGAAUAAUGACGUUAAAGUAGAUACCCAUGUCCUACGACAAAGUGUUCAACAUCAAAAAGGGCCUAAUGUGCUUAAGUCUGUAACAAAACCGAUACCAGAAACUAUAUCAACAACGGCCAAAGUUAAUUUCACUGCACAUAACCCGACCCCGAUUCCAAAUCCGAUUUGGAACAGCCAUACCAUUCUACUAGCGAAUGGUGCAAAAAUUUGCCUUGAAGAGUUUGGGAGUCAGUUUCGCGAAAAUAUCUACGAUUGCAAAGAAUGGAACAAAUUAGCAGACUUCAUUGCGUCGAAGUUUCCUGAAGACGUUAUCCGUUUUCUACUGAAUUUGUCAAAGACAUUUAUUGAAAGAUUACAUAAAUGUCGUGAUAUGGUUUUUCAAAAAGAUACAAGUACAGAAUCAAUUCUUUUUCGUAUACUAAAAUAUUGUUAUGGCAAAUUGGAAGAAGAUCAAGAUUUUCAGUAUUUUCGCUGUAGGGCUGAGGUAAUUUUAAAGCAUCUCGACGAGUUUGUUAAAUGGAUCAGGAAAAUUACAAAGCAUUCAAUUAAGCCGGAUAAGAACUUUCCUGAUUCCACUACAACCGAAAUGCAAACCCCCACAGAUGGUGCAUUCACGCUAUCUAACCCCAAUGAAAAAUUUCCCGGUUCCUUUAUUGUUGCAGAAAAUCGUUCACGCAUUUUCUUGAGAGAUUUCGAGCUCGAAUUUUUAAUUAACAUCCUCGAUCGAAAUGCAUUAUGUCGUAUAACAGAAUUUCUCUGUUUGAACUUUUCCGAGAAAACUGUUCGCUUUCUGUUUAAUACGACCAGGAGAAUCGUUGACCAUUGCCAGAAUUUGAAUUUCGAAGUAAGACUAGCCGUCACUACAGAAUCGAUUCUUUUUCAGAUAUUUAAAUACUGGUAUACGAACUUUAAUGAUGAUAUUGAGCACGAUCCAAGUAAAAUUGAUGAAAUUAUAACAAACGUUCGCAGGUAUAUCACGAAUAAAAAGAAUUUUCAAAAUAUUAAUGACAUACCUGACAAAGAAAAUCUGAAAGAACUACUUAAGUCCAAAAAGCAGUCAAAACCAAACAUUAAUACAAAUACAGGAAGGCCGUCGUUGCGAAGAAAUGACAUAUUGUUGAAUAGCGACUUGAACGUAGGUUCAGGUGGAACUGAGCGUCAAAAUGGCUCCAAUUCAUUACAAUCUAUAAUACAAUCCACACCGGACAAUACAUCGAAAAUCGAGGAUCACAAUGAUGGCUCCGAAAACAUAAAUUCUUUCACUAUUCGAGAAAAUGGUGCAAUGAUUUCCCUUAGCGAAUUUGGAGAACGUUUUAACAACCACAUUAUCGAUUCAGUUAAAUUGAAUGGAUUAAUAGAAUAUCUUUGUUCAAAUUUAUCUGAGGAAACUGUACGUUUUCUACUAAAGUUGGCUCAGUCUUUUAUUGAAAAUUAUGCUAAACGGAUAGAAAAUAAACUUAAAAUGAUUUUGACUACAGAAUCGGUACUCUUCCAUAUAUUUAAAUAUUGCCAUAACAAAUAUAAGGAGAACUUGAAUUUUAAAAAUCUUCGACACAAACGUGAUGAUAUUGUAACGAACACAUAUUUCACUCUUGUGCCGAUGGAUGAAACCGACGAGGUAAAAAAAAUAAAAUGUCAAAAUUGCAAAGGUUUUUAUAGCAUAAGUGAUUUAUAGUUUCUUAAGUAAAGCAUUUAUUCAAAAGUUUUGCAUGCCGUUGUAUCAAGUGCCUUAAAUUGAUAUUGUACCGUGAAAUGCGAUUUCACAUUAUUUUUUUAUCUAUACUUACGUCACAUAUAAACUUGAGCACAAAUUUUAUAAGAAAGUUGCAUUUGCCUUAAGGUAUUUACAUCGAACUAUGUAUUUAUUAUUUAUUGAUUGUGAGCGCGUCAAAUUAAUAGUUUAAGUAUAACAUUGAACGUUUUGAUGGCCCUCACAAGCAUUUGAAAGAAAUUUUAAAUUAAAAUGCUUUGUAGGAAUUGCUCCAGAUUAUACUUUACAGUUUUUUUUGCCCAUUAUUCGCACAUUGGAUUACUUUCAUUUUCAAUAGUACCUUGCCGUCAAACAUAUCCACGCCGCCGAGCUUUCCACCUUAAUAUCUGUGCCAGUAAGCCUUUCCGCAAUAGACAAUCGGACUCUAAAUAGUUGUUAAUGGCUUCAACAAGUCCUUUUCAUAUUCUACUGUUAUAGGAAUGAGAAAAAGGACGAAG